AUGGUGCUAGAUCAAGAUCUGGGCGAACCCAAUCAUACCAAGGCUUGUUGUUCAUCUUUACGGGAUCAUGUUUCCAUUGUGAGCCACGGCUUAGCCGAUAACUCGUGUUCACUGACAUGGGAGAGAUUUGGUGGCCAGUAUGCUCUCCAAGGUUGGCGAAAAGAACCCAAUUCAGGCCUGCCGUUAACAUCCGCCAGGUUUGUUGUUGAAGUUGGUGGGCGCAUUCUCAGUCCCGAUUCCUCCACCCAGGCAAAUCCCCCGCCUUGGGCACAAAAGUUCUACAUGUCCGUUUCAGGCUGGCAGCAUACCAGGAAACUUCCACACCCCCAACAGCCCUCUCUACCAUCUCGCCAGAUGGGGGAAGCCGGCUCUUCUCUAAGCUCCAACUACCAACUGCCAUUGUCCGGAGUCUUCCAGGGUGCAUGGUAA